UCCUGUUCUUUGCACCCAAAGAAUUCCGACACAACAACUAAACAUCAGAAACACAGACAGAAAGGGAUGAUGAUCUGUACAACUUCCCCCAAUGCUCCUCCAUUUGCUUCAAUGGCGGUUCUGCUGAUCUUUGGUGUCUUUGUGCUGUCUGCAUUGCCAGAAUUUGCAGAAGGGAUGACGAGGCACUACACAUUCAAUAUCAAGUACCACAAUGUGACGAGGUUGUGUCACACAAGGAGCAUUAUCAGCGUCAAUGGGCAGUUUCCGGGGCCACGGGUGGUGGCGAGGGAAGGAGAUCGAUUGAUUGUUAAGGUGGUUAAUCAUGUUACAAACAAUGUUACCAUUCAUUGGCAUGGAGUUAGGCAGAUUAGAAGCGCGUGGGCAGAUGGACCAGCCUAUAUCACGCAGUGUCCUAUACAAACUGGACAGUCCUACACAUACAAUUUCACCAUUACUGGACAAAGAGGAACUCUCUUAUGGCAUGCUCACAUCUCAUGGCUAAGAGCCACCCUUUAUGGACCCAUCAUCAUUCUCCCGAAGCGCAAUGAAUCUUAUCCCUUUGACAAACCAUACAGGGAAAUUCCCAUCCUAUUUGGAGAGUGGUUUAACGUAGACCCGGAGGCUGUGAUUAAACAGGCUCUCCAGACAGGAGCAGGUCCCAAUGUCUCAGAUGCAUACACCAUUAAUGGUCUUCCGGGGCCAUUGUACAACUGCUCUUCUAAAGAUACAUACAAGUUAAAGGUGAAGCCGGGUAAGACAUAUCUACUCCGCUUGAUCAACGCUGCACUCAACGACGAGCUCUUCUUCAGUAUCGCCAACCACACUCUCACCGUCGUCGACGCCGACGCUGUGUACGUUAAGCCUUUCGAAACGGACAAGCUCCUCAUCACCCCAGGCCAAACCACAAACGUUCUCCUGAAAACCAAGCCUAGCUACCCCAAUGCCACAUUCCUCAUGGCUGCCAGGCCCUACUUCGUUGGUCAGGGCACAAUUGACAACUCCACCGUUGCCGGAUUUCUCCAAUACGAGCACCCUUCACACCGCUCAUCCUCUUCCAUUAAAAAUGUUACUCUUCUUAAUGCAACUCUCCCUGCCAUCAAUGCCACAAACGCCGUCGCAGAUUUCGCCAGAAAAUUACGUAGCUUGGCCAAUGCCCAGUUCCCUGCCAACGUUCCACAAACUGUGUGCAGUAAAUUUUUCUUCACUGUUGGACUUGGGACCAACCCGUGUCCUAAAAACACAACCUGUCAAGGACCCAGCAACGUCACAAAAUUCUCGGCUUCGGUUAACAACGUGUCUUUCGUGCUCCCGUCGGUGGCCAUGCUCCAAGCCUACUUUUUCGGACAGUCCAAUGGGGUUUACACCACUGAUUUUCCGGCGAAGCCACCUGUACCAUUCAACUAUACGGGAACACCGCCCAAUAACACUAACGUGAGCAACGGCACGCGUGCGGUGGUGCUACAGUUCAACACGAGUGUGGAGCUGGUACUGCAAGACACAAGCAUUCUUGGAGCCGAGAGCCACCCUCUCCAUCUACAUGGUUUUAAUUUCUUUGUUGUCGGACAAGGUUUCGGAAACUAUGACCCGAACAAGGACCCUGCUAGCUUCAAUCUGGUGGACCCUGUUGAGAGGAACACCGCGGGUGUUCCUGCCGGUGGUUGGCUGGCUAUUCGUUUCCUAGCAGACAACCCAGGCGUGUGGUUCAUGCAUUGUCAUCUAGAUGUUCACACGAGUUGGGGGCUGAGGAUGGCGUGGAUUGUGUUGGAUGGACCGGAACCGAACCAGAAAUUACCACCGCCACCGUCUGAUCUUCCUAUGUGUUAAGACUUUAAUAAUCUGCCAUUGUUCCGAUCUCGAGAUCAGCGGCUACGCAUCGGGUUUUCGUUUUUCUUUUUUUGAUUCCUCAAAAACGCACCGAGUGAUUCUUGUUUUUUCGUCAAGCUUUUAACUUUAACUAUUAAUCACUUUUGUUUAUUCUUAGGACCAAGUGCAUGCUUUCCCUUUCAUGUUUUCUGCAGUCUGCUAAAUGCUGCCUUUUGUUUUGAAUUUUGUCAAUUCAGUACCUAUACAAACGACGUAUUUUACUUGAA